AUGAAGUACGCCACGUUCGCCCUGUUCUCCCUGUCCCUCCUCUCUUCCUCUCUGUGCUUAGCUCGCGGACAUGAAGAUCCAGGACCUUCGCCUCCGGAGUCAAUCGGCUGUACGCCACAUGGUGAUCACUGGCACUGCGACAGCCCCCGCACCACAAGCAAACACUCAACGAGGACUUCUCGCACCCCGGCUCCUAGUCCGACAGAGUCCGUAGGCUGCACGCUGCAUGUCGACCACUGGCAUUGCAGUGGCCCUGCCACUACGCAUCACCAUUCCACCAAAAACACAACCACAACCAUGCACCAUCAUAAUGGUCACAAGACUUCAAGUCAUAAAGACCCAGGCCCGAGCCCACCUGGAUCCGUCGGUUGCACACCACACGGCGAUCACUGGCAUUGCAGUGGGCCUGCGAUGAGCAAAACUACGAUGGGCGCAACUGCGAUGGGCGGACCUGCGAUGGGCGCACCUGCGACGAGUGUACCUGCGACGAGCGUGACUGCGAUGGACUUACCUGCUACAAUGACCUCAAAUCCCACAGGCGCUUUCACAGGAGGUGCUGCUUUGAUCAAUAAUGCGAGGUUGGAUCAGUUCGCAGCGGUGAUGGGUGGCGUUGCUGCCAUCAUGAUGUGGUGA